AUGGACGCACCUUCCAUUCACCCCCAGUUAAAUGACGGUAACUCGCGGGCUGGAAUGGUUCCUCUCAACUCUUCCGGUCCUCAAAAUAAAGUUAUGAUUGCCUCGAAGCCUCCAGCCUCUCGUACUUCACAACUGUCGAAUAUACCUCCCCGAAGCAGCGUAUCCGACAAGAAGCAAACCACCAAUGCGAAAGUGGCCAUCCCGCGGCAGAGAACGGGCGUCAUUUCUGCUUACAGUCGACGUGUGCCUCUUGCCUGCGAAUCCUGCCGGGGGCGGAAAACUAAGUGCAGCGGCGACACGCCAGUUUGCAGACAGUGCAAAGAAUUGAGGGUGGCUUGUAAGUACCCAGCAUCAUGGAGGGAACGAACCAAAGGGCAAUUGGAAAGUCUCUCGACAAAGGCCGAAGCGUAUGAGAAGCUAUUGAGAGACAUCGGAAACAUAGUUGAUGGCAGGACUGCGGAACAAAUUAGAACCACUCUGGAUAAGUAUUCUGGCUCGGGUGGCGAGCGGGCUUCUACUGGCUCGCAGUCUAGCUCAGCCACGCCGCAAGAUAAAGACAGCCACCUUGAAGAAUUGAGCUCAUCCUCUUCUAUUGGAUCCCUAGAUGCCAUCGACCGUGUGGACGAGGAUGUAAAUCGAACUCCAAAUUCUCGAGCUACUGGUUACAUGGGGAAAAACUCGGAGGUUACCUGGAUGCAGAGAUUGCGAAUGGAGACAGAACAACGCGCGCGGAAGGAACCAGGGCGCUACGAAGCCGAGCCGGAAGGGGAAUUUGCCCUGCAUUCGAUGAAUUAUCAUUUGGACGAUCUAGAUGUCUCGGUUCCCGGCCCUGUGCAGGUGUAUUGGAUUCCUUCUCGUCCUUUGGCGGACAAGUUAUUUGAAGACUACUUGGAAACGGUGCACCCGUUUUAUCCUAUUAUCAGCCGUACCCUAUUUCGUGCCCAAUACAGAACCUUUUUUGACAGUGCUGCUCGGCCUGGUGAUAAAUGGCUGGCCAUCCUUAACUUGAUAUUCGCCAUCUCCGCCAAACAUGCUCAUCUAACGCAGGCACCGUGGCGUGGCGAUGACAACGAUCAUUUAGUGUAUUUAACUCGGGCCCGGAUCCUGAGCAUGAACGGUGAUGCUCUUUUUAGUCACCCCGACCUUCAGCAAGUACAGGUCGAGGCCUUGGUUGCUUUCUAUCUUAUGGCAUCAGACCAAAUUAACCGAGCUUGGAAGAUCACCGCGUUGGCUGUUCGUUCAGCAAUCUCACUCGGGUUGAAUAUGAAGAAUACUAGCGAAAGAACGCCUGGUAUCUCAAAGGAGGCGCGAUAUAGGGUCUGGUGGUGUGUCUAUACUUUUGAACAUAUGCUUGGGAUCAUGACAGGUAGAGUUUCUUGCAUUACGGAUGGGAUAUGUACGACGCCUUUGCCUCUACCGUUCGAGGAGGACCAGCUUCAAGAGCCAGCUGCAGCUAAGCUUCUCAACGACCAAGACCUUCGCCAGGAGCUUGUAGAAUCGACUUUGGCAAGUACCCUUGUUCGCCACAUGCCCUCAAAUCCUCCGGGAGGCAAGGAAACCCGACAUACAGACAAACUGUGUGACACUUCCUGGCUGAAGAGCCAACCCAUCAGUAAGAUGCUUAUCUUCCUUUAUUAUGUGGACCUGGCAGUUGUCGCUCAGGAAAUUGUCAACCGGGUGUAUUCGCUGGACUGUGCCAUGGUACCCUGGAGGCAUAUUGAGAACCGCAUUGGGGAGCUUCGAUCCCGAAUUGACAUAUGGUACGCCAACCUUCCGGAGGCAUUGGACUUCACCCGACGGGACGACCAAGGUAUGGAGAUGCUUCGUGGAAAGCUUUUCUUGGCGUUUCACUACUACAGUGCUCGAAUCACCUUGGGACGUCCGUGCCUGUGUCGCCGCGAUGCUCGGCAUACUAGCCCUCAGCAAAAAUCCUCUUUCAGCCAUGAAAUGGCAGAGAUAACUCUAAAUUCUGCACGACAGAUGCUGGACUUGAUUCCAGACGAACCUAACGCUGUCCAACUCUACCAUGUUUGCCCUUGGUGGUGCGUUCUGCACUAUCUGAUGCAGACGGCUACGGUUCUUCUGCUCGAGUUGUCGUUUGGUUGCAUUCAUAUGCCGGCUGAAGAGAUAGGUAUCUUCGAAGCGUCAAAAAAGGCCAUACGCUGGCUCUUUGCCAUGUCCGAAUGUAGUCUCCCAGCACGGCGUGCAUGGGAGCUGUGUGACAGUAAUUUUCGACGAAUCGCCAUUGGCAUGGAUUAUGACUUGAGUGACCUGCCAGUCUUAAACUAUGACCCAACCGCGCACGUACAUAUGAACCCAGAUGCUGGUGGCAGUGCUGGUAUGGGUGUACCUGUCAGCCAGACAGCGCCGCCUAUGACUGUUUUUUACGACACAGUCGGCGGUCCAAAUCAACAGCCGCUUCAACCUCAGUACCAUUAUGACCAGAACCAGCAAGCGUACUCUGGAGUCCCAGCGAUUGAUCCGACCUCGUCAACCCUUGCACUUUCUGCCCCCGGAACCGAUGCCUUCUUCCCUUAUGACCCCAUCAGUGGGGAGUUUAUUCGCUCCUUCUUCCCCAUUCCCAAUGAGGAAGAGCCAUGGGAACAAAAUUAA